GUCAUUAGCUAUAGUGGACUAGUGGAUCGAGGGACGUUCAUUCACCUUAGUCACUUGCAAAUCAUAUCACACGUACACAAUACAGUAAUAUACAUAUGUAUAUGUAGGCGCGCGCAACAUUAUUCCUUCUUCAGGUCUACCUAGUGUAUGUGUGUGUGUUUACAAUACAAGACAUGUAACGACAGGUUCACGACAAGACCUUGGUCCCAUGACUCAUCCUCUUUUAACUUGAUCCAGUGGUCCAGAGCAACCCGCCACCCGGCAAUACCACAACAUUCAUUAUUGAGCCGCUGCUGCGAAACGUUAAAAAACGUACUACUUUUAGAAACUACCUCAAAUUCAUAGAUUUAUAAUUUGGACACCAAGUGUUUAUACUCCAUACAUUGCAUUCAUACGGUUGAGACAUACCAAUUUACGUUCAUCUAUCACCCAGAUACUGCACUUAUAUGAUCAUACGGAUAUUAAUAGAAAUAAAUUUAAACAUGGCACAAAUUUCAACUGGAUUGAUAAGUUCAUUAAUAGUUUUCAUACUGAUAAUGCAAGAAAAUGAUUCUCGAACAAUACCAGAAGAUGCUCUUAAUCCAAAUACUGAUUUUGAAUGCCGUACAGAUAUUGACUGUUAUGAAACAAAUAGUUAUUGUGAUAUUAGUUUAAAUUUAUGCUCACAAUGCAUGAACUGUAGCAUAUAUUUUAGAACAACUAAAAAAUAUAUUAAGUGUCCAAAAGAUAUAUCAGAUUGUAAUUCAUGUUUUGAUGGUUAUAUUGAAGAAAUAUUUUUUGGAGGAGAAAUUCAUGAUUUAUGCAUUCCAAUAAAUCCUAAUAUUUUAUUACCUACACCAGAAAAAAUUAGUUCAAAUUCAUAUUGGCAAGAUAUAGGAAUCUUUUUUUUAAUAAUAAAUAUAUUUUUAAUUUUUUUAGUAUGGAUUUAUUUUUUUAAAAGAGUUAGAAAUAUAAAUUCAAAUGACAUGUCUAAUUCUAUACAAGAUAACAUUGAGAAUCUACCACCACCCUACGAUAGUUGUAUGAAAUUGAAUAACUAUGUUACAGAUGAUGUUCAAGAAUUUCAUUUGUUUACUGGUGAACAGCCUCCAAGAAACGAAUGGAGACACCAGAAUGCAGUACCAUUUCGUGUACCUGAUGAUUCAUUAGAGAAUAUAAAUUGUAUGAAUGAAACUGAAACUCAUGAAGAAGUGGACGGAGCUUCUGUUACGAGGGAAAUUGAAGAUCCAGAAUUACACGAUGAGGAAACAAUGCCAAGUGUCUGGUCCCCCCCACCACCACCAUUACCUUCAAUAUCAGCAAUAAUGCAUUUAGAGGAUAAUAAUGACGUAUUAACUUGUCAACCUCCAUUAAAACGGAUAAAACUUGUUCAACAAUUUUCUGAUGAAAAAAGUUAUCAAGAUGAAGAUAAUGCAUCUGACAAGUCUCAAGAUGAAUAAUUAUAAGUUAACUAUUAAAUGUAAAAAUGAGAUUAAAUCUGAAAAUUAGUUUAUAAGAGUA